AUGCUUGCUUGCUGGCUUGCCUGCUCGCCAGCUUGCUUGCUUCUUGCCUUUUCUUUGCAUGUGUUGAGUCUCCGUUGGCUGGGUGGGUGGGCAUCUUUGUGUUUCCUAUAUUUGGCCGUAUUCGGUCUUGCAUUCUCCUCGCCUCGUCAAGGGCUGGGUGGGUGGGCAUCAAUGGCUCGCUGGACGGGCAAUUUUGUAUCUCCGUUACCUUUGGGUUCCGGCUUUUUGUGA